AUGGUUUAUACUUCCAUCCCAGCAUAUAUUGAUCAAGCCAACUGGCAGCAACAGGUAAAUAAUUAAAGGCAGCCAAAUCAUCAACCAGGAAACAACAACACUGGUUCCAGUUCCCAUCUUAUUCUUCCACCACCACCACAACAACCGCCGCCAUCGCUACCGCCAUCGCACCUGCAUGGACCCAGUGGCACUACCACUGGAUCCAUCAGGCCAGGUUCCAUGGCGGAUAGGGCCAGGAUAGCCAACAUACCCAUGCAAGAAGCUCAACAAAAGUGUCCAAGAUGUGAUUCCACCAACACAAAGUUUUGCUACUUCAACAACUACAGUCUCUCUCAGCCCCGCCACUUCUGCAAGACUUGCAGAAGGUACUGGACACGUGGCGGAGCCUUAAGGAACGUUCCGGUUGGUGGCGGCUGCCGAAGGAACAAGAGGAGCAAGGGAAGCACCUCUGGCAGUGCCAAGUCGCCGGCAAACUCCGAUCGCCAAACUGCUAGUGCUGGUUCUGCCUCUACAACCAGUGGUUCUUCUUCUGCUGACAUGGUGGUAGGUCUUGGCCCUCCAGUGCCUUCUUCUCUUAGAUUCAUGGCUCCAUUGCAUCAACUCAGCGAUCACCACCUUGGUGGAGAAAUAGGCUUAAACUAUGGCUUGAACUAUGGUGCGAUUUCGGGUCCAAUGGGAGGAGUAGGAGACUUGAAUUUCCAUAUAGGAAGUACUUUGAAUAGUGGUGGUUCUGUGUUAUCUGGUUUGGACCAAUGGAGGGUGCCACAAACACACCAAUUUCCCUUCUUGUCUGGUUUGGAAGCUUCUUCAUCGCAUGGGUUGUACCCAUUUGAAAGUGGUAAUAAUGAUGGUUUUGGUGGUGCUCCUAAGGUUUCAACUUCUGGGGUGAUGUCUCAGCUUGCUUCUGUGAAAAUGGAAGAGAAUCAGCAACUUGGUUUCCCUAGACAGUUCUUGGGUAUGAAUAGUAAUAACCCUAAUACAAGUGAGCAAUAUUGGAGUGGUGGUGGUGGUGCCACUGCAGCUUGGACGGAUCUUUCUGCCUUUACCUCUUCUUCCACUACUAGUAACCCACUAUAA